AUGAGCUUUAAGGAUGGUGCUGAUCGCAAAGAGCUCGAUCUCAGAAGCCGAACUCGGAAGCUAUAUCGGAUUUUGAACUACAAUUGGGCCAUAUUUCCUUGUACGGCGACAGUCUUCUUCCUGGGACUCUAUAAGAUCAGCAUUUGGACAGGUGUCUACCAUGAGGUCGUCGUACCUGACGCCCGGUGGACACCAGACUGCACCGUGCUCGCCAUGAUUCUGGGUCCAUUCCUGCUGUUCCAGCUCCCGCCAUACUACACACCCUUCGCGUAUGCCAAGGCACCCAAGAAGCGGCUCUUCCGAAGUCUGAAAGUAUGCCUCGUCACUAAAGCGACGAAUGUGCAGACCGUGAUUCAUACCGCCCAGCACUGGAAUCGGCUCAGCAAGACGCGUCGCAUCAGCUUCCAUGUGGUCGUAGACUCAGUGCCGAACCCUUUCAAAGGCAUACUGCCGGACUUUGUGGAGCUGUUGGAGGUACCGUAUUCGUUUCGACCUGAUCACGCAAGAUACAAGGCGAGAGUUCUGGAAUGGUGCCGAAGGCACUGGCAGUUGUCGGAGCAAGACUGGGUCUUGCAUCUAGAUGAAGAGACGGAGAUCACCGAGGAGGUUUUGAGUGCGUGCGUGGACUUCAUUGAGCGGGGCGCGGAGGAUAUUGGCAUGGGAACAAUCUUUUACAACGCCCACAAUCACUGGAGGGACCCGCUCCUGACCGUCGCCGAGGCCCUUCGGGUGGCAGAGGACUUUGGCCGGUUUCAGCUGCCGGUCCGGCUCUUGCAGCGCCCGUUGCUCGGAUGGAUGCACGGCAGCUUUAUUUUGAUCAAUGGGCAAGCGGAGAAUGCAGUCACCUGGGAUACGGACUGCCUGGCCGAGGACUUUUGGUUUGCGUACCAUGCUGCGAAAAAAGGCUUCAAAACGGGCUGGAUUCAUGCCGUCGCGCGCGAACAGCCCCCGGAGAGACUGGCGGAUCUCGUCCGGCAACGUCGGAGAUGGUACAGCGGAAUCAUGUCCGUUCCAGACUGGAAGGUCAGACUGGCGUUGGCGAUUCCAAUGCUGGAGUCUUUUGUGCACUUGGGCUUGUAA